AUGACAUAUCCAAAUAACAGAUUUGUUGCAAGACAAAAAUUAAUCUUUUUAAGUGAAGUAAAAGGAGAUCCAGUAAAUGCAAAGCAAUCUAUUGAUGAAAUCAUUAAACUUCAAAGAGGAAUUGCAAUCAAAGAAGAUACAAUCCAUGAGUUAGGAAUGAUGGCAUUUCCUAAUAUUCCUGAUUAUUGCAAUGAUUCAAUGAGUACUGGAAAGACAAUAAAUGAAAACGAGUCAACAACUAAUGAUGAAACAGUAUUUGAUGAUACGGUGAAUUUCGAAGCUAUUGAAUCAAUUUCUAAACAAAUUGAUAAUCAUGAAGUUCCAGCAAUUCACUAUAUCUACAAAUCAGCAUGGCUUUGUUUCAUUUUAUUGGUGUUCUUGCUAUUAGUUUCAAUGAUUAUUGUAUAUCAAUUCUACGCAGAAGCUUAUUCAAAACCAAUUUACAUGAUGCAAGGAAUUGCAAAACCAAGAAACAUCAUAACAAUGUUGACUGCUUUUGCUGGAAGAUUUUUGUUCCAAGUCUUAGAUGAUCCAAAGAAUCCAGGUUCAAAAUUAAUGGGUCCUUUAGACUAUUACCUAACUUUAAUAUGGAUAGCUAUGGAGAUAAUAGAGAUACAGAAGCAAUCAUGA